CCAAUUAUUAUUUCUUUUUUUACCAAAUGAAAGUUAUAUCCAACUGCACAUUUCCUUUUAUCUCCUUCCCCCUCUUCUCUAUAUAAACACAAGCAUACAUAACAAUUAGCAUUGCCAUAACCAUCGUAGUUAACAAAAAAGAGAGCUUAGUUUGAGAGCAGAAUUAGGAAGUGAGGUUAGAAUUCGAAAUCAAUGGCGGGAAAGAGGAGCGUUGAGGAGUUACCGGAGGAAUGCCUGAGCCACGUCAUCACCUUCACCGGCCCUGGCGAUGCCUGCCGCUCGUCGGCCGUCUCCGGGAUGUUCCGCGGCGCGGCGGAUUCCGACCUCGUCUGGGACAGAUUCCUGCCGUCCGAUUACCGGGAAAUCAUCUCACGGUCGAUUUCGCCGGUGGAGUUCUCCUCGAAGAAGGAGCUCUUUGCCAAGCUCUCUUCGUCUCCGCUCCUCAUUGAUGGAGCUACCAAGACGUUUUCAAUUGACAAAUACACAAACAAGAGAUGUUACAUGUUGAGUGCAAAGGAGCUUUCAAUAACUUGGUCCACCAAUCCUCUUUGUUGGUGUUGGAAGCCCAUCCCAAUGUCUAGGUUUCCAGAGGCGAUCGAGCUGAUAUCAGUGUGCCGGCUAGAAAUACUCGGAAAGUUUAACACGCAAAUGUUAUCCCCAAACACGACCUAUGGUGCAUACCUCAUUAUCAAAUUGAACAGUCGUGCUUUUGGACUAAGUGUUAUGCCAUCUGAGGUCUCUGUCGAGAUGGGGAAUUACAAGACUGAUGGGAAAAUUUACGUGACCCAAGACGGAUGUAAAAGGCAAGAGCUCGACUCUCCAAUCGACGAGCGUGUGCCAUGUACACGUGUCGACGGUUGGUUGGAGGUGGAAUUGGGUCAAUUUUACAAUAAUGGUAAUAAUAAAGAGGUGAAAAUGGAAUUUAGAGAAGUUAAAAGUGAGCAGCUCAAAGGAGGACUUAUUGUUGAGGGUAUUGAGCUUAGGCCCAAGCAUUAAUUGGUACUUGAAUUUACAGGCCCAAGUCUUGCUUGGGCUUGGGGGGAGUAUUCCAAAAUAUGGGAAAAUUGAAAAUUAAAGAAAAAAAAAAAAAGGAUUGUAAGAAAAUGUAUGUAUGUAUGUAAAUGAGGCAUGGUGUGAUGGUGGUGUUGCCCUUUUUGUGUGGCAUUUGCUGGAUCCAACUUUCAGUUUUAUUUUUCAACUGAAAGGGAUCUCUGCCUCAGUUUAUGCUGUUAAUGAAAUGCAUUGAACUUUUUCUAUUAAAUAUUACUUCAACACUUGAAGUUGAUAUCUUUGUCAUUUUUUCAAGUAAGCAAAAUAUCACUAUCUGUA